GAGUAAGUGGGCGGCCAUCUUUGAUAGGGGCAGAGGCCGCGGCUACGGAGCCCCAGUGAGGCCACGAAACUUCCGGCGGCUAGCUGGUGAGUCCUGGCGCCCGCGGGCGUGGAGCGCCGCGGGAAGCGGGGAAGCGCUGAGCGUUAGGUUCGUUUGGGACUCGCCGUGCAAAUGGACCGAGCGUCCCAUUCUAGUGGCCUUCUGCCUCCACUCGCUAACGCACUCCCGUCGUGGGCGCAGCCCGUGGACGCUGGGGAGGAGAGGGGCGAGGGGAGGCGCGGAGGGCCCGGGCUACUGGCUGCGGUGAGCGUCCGGUGCCCGGACUCCAGCAGACAGCCGUGGGCUCCCGCGUCUGCAAGCGGCCCGAUGCCUUUCGCUCUGCAGCGGCUCCGGGCUGCGUUGCUGCGUCUGCACCGUGAGCGAGAGCAGCUCCUGCGGGCCAGGGACUGCGCCCGCCACCUGCAGGCGGUCGUGCGGCUGCUCCGCUCCGGCUCGGCCGGUUCCCUCUCCCUGCAGCAGCUGCACGGCAAUUUACAGAUGUGCCCUUUGCGUGGGACAGCUCUGCGCCUCGGCUUCCGGGGCUCCAGGGAGACGCUUCUCCUGGCUCGCCCUCUUGGGUUAGCAGCCCAGCACCUGGAUGCUACCAUCGAGAUGCAGCUUCGCGCCCUAGGCCGGGCACCGGCUAGCCUGGGCCUGACGUCCCAGCUAGCCGAACUGUUGCUGGCCCUUCCUUUCUACCACACUCUACAGGAACAAUCCCUGAGCUUCGUCCCCAGGGCCGCGCGCCCGUUCCCCGUGGCCCGAGUGCUCCACCUCCUGGCUGCAGAACGGGGUUGUCAGGUGGCAGAUCGGCUGGCUGAAGCCCUUGGCGGAUCGGGCUUGCAGGAUCAACUCGGUCGGCAGUGUGACCAAGAGCGAGAGCUGCUGCCCGGGCUGCUGGGCCUAGUAGGGGGCGUGGCUAGCACCGACAGCAGUGGACUGGGGCUUGGAGGGCCUGGAGCCCUGUGGAGCCAGUAUUGGACCUUGCUGUGGGCAGCCUGUGCUCAGUGUUUGGACCUAUGCGUGGGACCCUGGAGGGACCCCCGAGCAGUGGCACAACAGCUGAGUCAGGCACUGUGUCAAGCGUCCCUGCCGCAGGAGUGUGAGAAGGAGCUGUUGUCUCUGUGUCACAGCCUAUCUCAUCAGUCUCUUAUCAGCAGCUGGGACCGAGGGUUCUGCCAAGCCUUGGGAUCAGCCCUGGGUGGUCAGAGCGGCCCUGCUUCACCGUCUCCUACCGCGGACCUGUUGCGGCAGCUUUUUCCUCCCCUCUUGGAUAUCCUUCGACAGCCUAAGUCGGAACUCAGCCUGUGUCAGCCUGCAGGUCCUACACCUGUCGCUCUGGGGCUCUGUACCCUGCAGACCACCUUGCUCUGGUUCUUGGGCAGAGCUCAGCAGCACCUGGCAGCAUGGGCCCCCGGUCCCUUCCUACUCCUGAUCCAGAAGGACUUGCCUCCUCUUCUGCUUGCAGUGGAAGCGCUGUCCAGCCUGGCCUCCGAGGCAGCCUUCACUCUGGAGGUGGAGCAGCAGCUGGGCCUGGAGAUCCAGAAGUUGACAGCAAAGAUGCAGCUCCUGCCCAAAGAGUCACUGAGUCUUUUUUUUCAAGAAUGUCAUAAACAAGCCACACAAGGCUUCAAGCUCCACAUGCCAAGGGGUCGAUACUGGAGGCUUCGACUGAGUCCUGAACAUCCCAGUGACCCUAGUGAGUACGCUCGGAUGGUGGUCUACACUGUGUUGGAGCCUGUGUUGCAAGGACUGCAGGGAUUGCCGCCCGAAGCCCAAGCCCCGGCCCUCAGCCAGGCACUGACAGCCACACUGGGCGCCUGGCUUGACCACAUUCUCACCUAUGGGAUCCGGUUCAGCCUGCAGGGGGCGCUGCAGCUCAAACAAGACUUCGGAGUGGUCAGGGAGGUUCUGGAACAGGAGCAGUGGGGCCUGUCCCGGGAGCUUCGCCAGACUCUGCUCUCACUCAGCAUCUUCCAGCGGCUAGAUGGGGCCCUGCUGUGUCUUCUGCAGCAACCUCUGCCCAAGAAUCCAAUCCACAGAAGACCUCCUCGUUGCUGUUUUUGUAAUGAGGUCCAGACCACCGAACUGCCCACCAGCAGCCUCAACAGCCUGGAAAGCUUGCCACCCCGUCUACGGCCUGGAAUCUCCCCAGCACAGAACACCCACCUGCUAAGCACCCUGGGAGGAGGAGGACGAGGGGUAGGGGGAGGAGGAGGAGGAGGAGGACCUAGUCCUGAGGCUUACCUGGCCGGAAACCAGCAGGCCUGGCUUGCCCUGAGGUUGCACCAACACCCUCGUUGGCACCUGCCUUUUUUUUCUUGCCUGGGGACAAGUCCUGAACCCUAAGUUGACUAGGUUCAGGAGUUCCAAAUCAUGCCCGAGACAAGGAACUGUAUGUUAGAGAGGCUUAAAACUGGGCGCUUGAUAAAACAUGUUCAUAAACUAGAGUCUGGAAUUGAACCCCAGAUCAUCCUAGGAUCUGCAAUCCAGAGUAAUAGGCUAUAACUAGAGCCUGAAAUCUGAAAGUCGGAAACAAUGGAGACAUCUUACAGCUAGAAAUAGAAGGGGGUUAGCUCUCUGGAAGACAGAAGCAAGCUAAGUGCUUUCUCUUGAAUCCCAGGAGCAAGGCUAAAGUUAAUUCAUGAGGAAACACAGAUGAAGCAAACAUUUCUACAUGUGGAGGGCCCGUCUUGCCCCGUCCUCAGUUCUAUUUUUAGUCAUUAGGCUGUAGGACCUUGACAUUAAAGCUUUGGCUGUUGCUACCAGGGCAGGGCUUGCCUUCUGGUGGGUGGACAAUCCCUGCUGUGAUCGACUUCUCAACGGAAGGAGCCAGGAUUUAGGACGGUGCUGACCUAGGUCUAGCAGGCAGGAUACUGAAGGGAAAAGGACGUUUUCGUCGGAAGGGGAUUUUGCACAUCCACUGCCUAUACAGUGAGUGGCACAGAACUCUGCUGAUGGCUGAAGUAUUUGCGGACCGCCCACUCGGGGCCCCUCGGCGGCGAGAAGUACAGCGGAGGCCGCCGGAAGCGGUCCGUUGCCAUAAAACGCUCCCCAGUGCUACUCCUUCCGGGGCGGAGGUAGCCAUGGCGGCGG